AGUAGGUGGGGGCGCUCCUCUCUCUCUCUCUCUCUGGGAGCCCAAAAUAUCAGACAUAUAAAUCUCUGGAAUCUCUCUGGGAAACUGGAGGAAGGAAACGAGGGAUCUCUUCUCUCUUCAGCUCAGCCAUCCAUGGCUCCCAGCAAGUCCAAUUCUUCAGGUGAUGCAAGUGUUUCAUGGCCACAACCAGAGAAUGGUUGUCUCAAUUCAGUUUCCCUCUUAAGUUCAGAGAAGGCAGUUGAGGAACUUCUCGAGCAAUCUCCACUUCAGGAAACAGAUGACAACCUCAUAGAGUUCUCAGAGGCUAUGAGAACGGUUGCAAAGGCCCUGAGACGAGCUGCCGAAGGAAAGGCUUCUGCACAAGCUGAAGCAGCUGAAUGGAAGCGCAAAUAUGAACUGGAGAGGGCGCGCAAUCUGCAUCUAGAACCUAAAGGCUACAACUUUUAUGAAAAGCUUCAGAGUUGGUGGACUUGGAGUUCUCUUUGUAGUGCAAUUGGAACUAUAGGAAUUAUGCUUCCAUGUCUCCUCUGUUUGGACAUUUGCAAGGAACAAGAAAGGAAAAUUUCUGAAGGGCCAUCACAUAGAGAGAAUAACAGGGAUGAUGAGAGGAUAGAGAACUUGGCCAGGAGAUCAAAUGACCAAUCUGAACAAUGUUGUGGGAGUAAUGGGAUAUGCUCUCAUGAAGUUCUUCGAGAUGGUGAAUGUGAUACUGAUUCAAAAUCUCAUGAAGUUCUUCGAGAUGGUGAAUGUGAUACUGAUUCAAAAUCGCUUCUCUAUAAGUUUGCAAGAAAGGCAUCAUUCAAACUUUCAUGGUGCUGCAAAGGUGACCAGAGUGACCAGCACAAGCAUGACAUUGUCUCUUUUGAAAGAGGAAACAUAACAACUGCAGAGCGCAGCAGUAAACAGAUUUCUUUGAAGUGGGAAACUCACCCACGGACUGUGCUUAUAUUGACCAAACCAAAUUCAACUUCUGUUCGAAUUCUGUGUGCAGAAAUGGUCAGAUGGUUGAGAGAGCAGAAAAAGUUAGAUAUUUAUGUGGAGCCACGUGUGAGAGUUGAACUUGUGACAGAGUCAUCAUACUACAACUUCGUCCAGACAUGGAAAGAAGACACUGAGAUUAUGCUCCUGCAUACAAAAGUUGACCUUGUGGUAACUCUUGGUGGGGAUGGAACUGUCCUCUGGGCAGCAUCCAUGUUCAAAGGACCAGUUCCUCCUGUUGUGCCGUUUUCUUUAGGAUCUCUGGGAUUUAUGACUCCUUUUCACAGUGAACAGUACCGGGAUUAUCUUGAUUCACUUUUAAAAGGUCCCAUUAGUAUCACGCUACGGCACCGGUUACAGUGCCAUGUUAUUAGAGAAGCAGCUAAAAAUGAGUACGAAACUGAAGGGCCAAUACUUGUUUUAAAUGAGGUUACAAUUGACCGUGGGAUAUCAUCAUAUCUCACAAAUUUGGAAUGCUAUUGUGACAACUCUUUUGUCACAUGCGUCCAAGGAGAUGGGCUGAUAUUAUCGACAACAUCUGGCAGUACUGCGUAUUCAUUAGCAGCUGGAGGAUCAAUGGUCCAUCCCCAGGUUCCAGGCAUCCUCUUUACCCCUAUUUGUCCUCAUUCCCUAUCGUUCCGGCCUCUGAUAUUACCUGAGUAUGUGACAUUGCGAGUACAAGUACCUUUUAACAGCAGAAGCCAUGCAUGGGCAUCAUUUGAUGGGAAGGACAGGAAACGACUGGCAGCUGGUGAUGCACUCGUGUGCAGUAUGGCUACUUGGCCCGUCCCCACUGCAUGUCAAGUUGAUUCAACUAGUGAUUUCUUAACUAGCAUUCAUGAUGGCCUGCACUGGAAUCUGAGAAAGACUCAAUCUCAUGAUGGCCCAAGGGAUAUAUAAUACAUAUUUUCGUUUUUGUAUGUUAGUUUAUGUAGUUCACAGGAGAUCUUGUUAGAAUAUUAAUCUUACUUGUGCCAUAUAGAAGGGAAUACAAGGUGGGGGUUUGAGUGGGGUGGGAAGGUGAAAGCAAAUUUAGAGAUUCCUGUAAUUAUUCUUUUUUUCAUUUUGAUCAUUUUCCCCGCUAAAGAGGAGCAUAUGUGCUUUCUCCUCCAAUAAGUUAGCAGAACGAAUGUUAAGAUCGAAUGUAACCACGAAUGUCAUAGGAAUUUGUAAAAUGGAUAAUGAUUAUUUACUGAUUUGAUAUAUACAAGAAAUUUGGUAAAUGUCUAAUGGAUUGACCCUUGUUGCUUGUGAUGCAA